AGGACGACCUUCAGCACGUUCCAGCUGGAGGAGCUGGAGAAGGUCUUCCAGAAGACGCAUUACCCCGACGUCUAUGCCCGCGAGCAGCUGGCACUACGGACAGACCUGACCGAAGCCAGGGUGCAG